UUUCCUCCUCCCUCUUCUCCCUCUCUCGGUUCUCUCUUCCUUCUCUCUUCUUCCUCUCCCCCUUCUCUCUUUCCUCUUUACCCAAUCUCUUCUCAAAUUCUCAACAACAACAAAAUUAUCUUCUUCAUCCUCCUCUUUGCUUCUUCAUCCUCUUUUUCUCUACCUUUAUUUAUCAAUUUUUUUCAUUAUUUGCACAAAAUCAACUUAUUCAUCUUAUUUCAUAUAUUUUUAUUACGUUUCUAAUUUUAUUCAAAUUAAUGUACAUUGAUUACACAUACUACAUCCUUCAUUUGGAUGUAUGUAGAAAAUUGAGUUUUUUGUUCACCCAAACAAUUAAAAUUGAUCACACAGACAACUAUUGUAUGUGGAACGCACAACUAUUGUUUGUGUGGUAAAAAUUGUCUGUGC